CCUUUAGCUUUUCCUGUACAUUCUGCUCGGUAAGAUAGCGGGCAAUCGGUCGUCAAAACAAUCCUGGUCAUUUGGAGAAUUUAUGAAAAAUCAAAUAAAAGUCACCAGGCUAAGGGAAUUUCUAUUUGUUUUAAAACAACUGACUCAAAGAAAAGACAAUGAUCCGCUUCAUCCUUAUUCAGAACCGAGCAGGGAAGACCCGACUGGCCAAGUGGUACAUGCAGUUUGAUGACGACGAGAAACAGAAGCUGAUUGAGGAGGUGCACGCUGUGGUGACUGUCCGUGAUGCCAAGCACACCAACUUUGUGGAGUUCAGGAACUUCAAGAUCAUCUAUAGGCGCUAUGCUGGUCUGUACUUCUGCAUCUGUGUGGAUGUGACAGACAACAACCUGGCAUACCUGGAGGGCAUUCACAACUUUGUGGAGGUGUUGAAUGAGUAUUUCCACAACGUGUGCGAGUUGGACCUGGUGUUCAACUUCUACAAGGUGUACACGGUGGUGGAUGAGAUGUUCCUGGCGGGGGAGAUCAGAGAGACGAGCCAGACCAAGGUUCUCAAGCAGCUGCUAAUGCUCCAGUCCCUCGAGUAGCCAACAGGGCAGCCAUCUUGACCAGUCCAUCACCCACCCACCAUCGUCACUCUGGAAAGGACCCCCUCUCAUUUGCCAUCUUCCACCCCUUACAGAAACCAGGGGCUUAUUCACAGAACGUUCAGAUAGAAAUGCAGGGUAUAGAACAGACAUCGUUUUUGGUCAUGCAGAAUCAGUUCAGCUCUACACAUUACAUUUCGAUCUGCAACAAUGAGAAAGUUUCAACCUCUUAUGCCCCAGAAAGGCUGUAUUUUGGUGCUGCAGAUACGGCCCUUAUCAUUUCAUUUCUUUACCACCAGUUCAAGUAAAAUCAUCUGGAUGAGUAUAUUUGCAGCACUGAAAAUAAAUGUUCUCUCUAUGCCCUGUCUCCAGCUGGAGGCUGCACUUACGGCAGUUAUAUUAAGGUUGCCAGUUUAUUCACCUGUACAUCCCGCCAUCAAACCUAUACUAGUGGAGAGAGAGGAUGACAAGGUUUCACUGUUCUGGCAACCCCAGUGUCACUACAGUAGCUAAAAAAUACAUUUAAAAAGCAUAAGAAAACCCUUGUAAAACUGCCUGUGAUAUCCCUGUCUUCUCUGGGAGAAUCAGUUUGAGCUGAGGAGUGACUAAACCACCGCUACAAAUGCCCAUCGACGCCGUUGACCUCUCGUGGUGGUUCACAGUUCAAUGGAGUGCACUUUCUAAGUGUGCUGUUGAGAGGUCUGGUAAUGGCAACCUGUGCAGGGUUGCAUCUACUCUCUGUGAUAUUACAUAGGUGGUCCUCCGGUCUUAACUGUCAGUAUCACGUCAGGCUGUAUAUCAGACAAUGCGUCUCCACUCCACAUAAUGGUGCUCGUUAGUCCCAACCAGAUAUGUUCAACUUUAAACACACACAAAUACUUUAAGGGAAAUUAUACAGUGAUAUAUUUUAAAGCAGUACUGUGAAGUUUGUUUUGUAUGGUGUACAUAUAUACAGUGUAUCUUAUGCAUAAUAGUGUGAAACCAUUGUCUAUUCUAUUCCCAGCUUCUCCUGCCUGUCUCGUUGUCAGUGUUUUAAUACACCGAUCUGAAUUGGGGGAAAUCCUAUUAAUAUUCCCUGGUCACCUCAUUUGUACCACAUAAAUAGGGAGGCCAAAUGAUAUGACCAAAACCCGAGGCGGUUGUCGAGUAGGUCUGUGACAACACCACCUUGUAUCUCGUCCCUCAUUGUAACCAUGUCCAGUCUUGCACCUCCAACACAUCACAGGUUUCACAUGUUACUAUUAUGGUUUGUUUUUCUUUUUCUUAUUUUGGAUUUAGUGCAAUGUACUGCUUCCCGUCUGUCCUGUGUGAGAUUGUUGAAAGAUGUGUUGGUCUCCUGUUGCUAAACUACCCAGUCAGUGUAUAUAAAAAAAACAAAUCAAAGUACUAAAUAAAAAUGUUAAAACCUG